UUCUGUAAAAAGUGGCUUACCAAGGGCAUCGUCAGCUGACAAUGUUCGCAGUGAUUCUGCAGUUGACUAUUCCAAGUACACCAACGACAACACAGGGGAACUCAAGUGCUUGCACCAUCAGAAGAUGCCAUGUCACAGUGAGGAGUCUUUAUUCCUUUCCAAUGUAUAGUAUCCUGCAUAUACUGCAGCAACAAGCUCGUCUUCUUAAGAUUGGUGGGUCUACCUGCUUAUUUCUGCCAGUUCCUACCCUUAACUUCACCAUUAUGUAUUUGCAUAACCUGAGCUUCCAAGUGUACAGUAAUAUCCCCAAGCAUGAUGAGAUUCGCCCCUUGAGGGGGGCUGGUUGGUAGCAAUAGUUGCAGGCCAGAGAGUUUUUUGUAUCCAUCUAGUCUUUUCCAGUUUUUAUCGAGGCUCCCACUACCCAGGUUGGCAAACCAAAUAAAAUGCCUUCUCUUGUGGCAGUUUCGGGUCCUCAUUACUCGCCGCCCUCCCUUUUCUUUUAACUCAAGUUCCAUACUGCUCUGAAUCUGAUGCUGCGUUAAUGUCACUGAGGCUGAUAUUUGUAUGGAAUACUUCAUCCUUGCGCUCCGAUGAGCAGAACAGG